CCUGUAUAAAUACGAGAGAAACCGUUAAAAUAGUCUUCUUAUGAUUGAUUGAAAGACAAUUUCAUCGUUCCGGCACCGGAUCCAUUUUCUGGAGGGUUUUCCCAGAGAGAGAUUGCUCUGACUUUCUCUCUCACACUUAAGCAGGCCCUGUGAAUUUCUUGUCUUCGUCUGUUCGUUGUUUAUAGUGGAAGCAUUGUUUAUAAUCAGAUCUAUUUCAGCUUGGUUCCUCCAAUUUAUCGCAUUCGCAUGCAUGGGUGCAGUGGUUGUCUGGGGUCCGAUAGUAAAACCAAAUUAACUUCUUCGGUGCAUGAGUCACUGAAUGAGAAGAAACAUCUAGAUCAUUUAGUACAUAAAGCUAAGCUAUCGGCGGAUUUUUGGACAACCAGCACGCCUGACAUGGAGAACUACAGUGCAGCUCAAUCUCAAGGAAGCAUCUCGUCAAUUAGUACAUCUACUCAGACAGCCAAUGCUCAUGGUGUUGCAAAUAGAAACAACCAUUCUGAAUUUAUAAAUCAUGGAUUUAUUUACUGGAACCAAAUCAGACAGCAGUGGGUUGGACGUAAAAUUCCUGAGAAGCAACCAAAACAGCUGCUUGAACCCAAAUUAAGUUGGAAUGCUACCUAUGAUAGUCUGCUGGGGAGCAACAAGCCAUUUCCCAAGCGUAUCCCACUUGCUGAAAUGGUAGAUUUUCUUGUGGAUGUUUGGGAGCAGGAAGGAAUGUACGAUUGAGAAUUUGAGAUGUGUUGCAAACUGAGGAUGCGGACGCGAAUCGUCAAGGGAGAGUAGUAGCCUUAUUAGGAUGAUCUAAACUUGAUUUGCUUCGUGACGAAGUGAUUUCUGGAUAUAUGGGGUGUUUUGUAAAGAUAUGUAACCUACUUUGUGUACAUUUAAACGAACUAUUGUGCUUGGAAACCUGUUGACGUGUAUUAAAACUGAUGACCUUUCUGGUUC